GGCCAGAUAAAUAUAUAAAAGGGUCAGAAACUCAGGACUCUCCAUCCACCUCUCAGGACUUACAUUCCCGCCGUGCUUGGCUCGCACCCUCCACCGCUGCAAGAUGACUCACCAUUACCAGAACCAGUGUGAUGAUGUGUGCUACUCGCCCUGCAACUACGGGACGGUGUACGGCUACCGGAGCUACGAGUGCGGGAGCCCCUGCGGCUUCCGGGGCUACGGGGGUCUGUGCGGGUACCGCGGCCUCUACGGCUUGGGCGACUGCUACGGCUACAGCUCCCGCUACUGCCACCCCUACUCUUCUCGCUACUGCUACCCCUACUCCUCCCGCUACACCCGUAGAUACAGCGUUGGCAGCUGCUACCCCUGCUAAAUCCAGCCCGAGUAGCCACGUGGGGACCCUGUAAGAAAACAAAGGUGAAAUCGUGAUUUACGGCUCCUGUAUGAAUUUUACCUGAGCUGAGCUGCCCGUGAGAGCAACCAAAGUCAGGAUACUCCGGGUACUUAGCACCUCGUCAAAUGCCUUGUUCUGCAGCUAUGUCCAACGAUCUGUUUUUACGCCCAGCUCCUGCUCUGUAGCCUUUGCUGGCGGGAUGUCGUGUGUUGCUGAUGUAUAGUUUUGCAACAGAAGAUGCAGACCGGAGGAGCCGAGGAGUCUCGCUGCUCUGGCUGCGGUGCCCCGGGGCGGAGCCAACAGCUCCGCUCAUCACCCCACGCUGCCACGGCCCCCAGCAAAGCAUCUUCUCCAAAAUGUAGCAACCCUUCAUCUACAGAGUGUACAAACCUCUGGAUGCUUCUCCUGUUCUGCAUUACUGCGAGCUGUAACUGCUGUAUACUGUGUUUCUUAUUCUCAUUAAAAGAUUUAGCAUUA